CUAAAGAUCAGUUCACUCCUCCACCCGCCUCUUUUGGGACUGUGAGUCAAACCUUUUUGGUUCUCCAUAUACUUUCCUCACCGGAAAGCUCCGAUUUUGUGCCACCCCCAUUUCUUCUUUGUUUCUCUCUCGGGCCUCCCUCAAACCAAACUUCCAUCCAUGGCUUCCUCUUCUUCCUUGCACCUGUCUCAAGCCCUCUUGGCCCGAGCCAUUUCCCUUCACGCCUUCAACUCUUCUUCUGACCGCAUCUCUCUUUCCGGCGUCUCCUUGCCUUCCUUCUCUGGCCUCAAGUCACAUUCUUCCAGUUCUUCUUCCUCCAAGCCGGCUUCAGUUUCGCGUCGUCGUGGUGUUGGGUCCGGCAGUGUAGUUCGAGCUACGGCUGUUGAGACCUUGGAUAAGACCACUGAAGCGUUGGUUGAGAAAUCUAUUAAUACUAUUCGGUUCCUGUCCAUUGAUGCCGUCGAGAAGGCCAACUCGGGCCACCCGGGUCUACCCAUGGGUUGUGCUCCGAUGGGUCACAUUCUCUACGAUGAGUUGAUGAGGUAUAACCCGAAGAACCCGUACUGGUUCAACCGUGACCGGUUUAUUUUGUCUGCUGGCCAUGGCUGCAUGCUCCAGUAUGCUUUGCUCCACCUCGCUGGAUAUGAUAGCGUUAGGGAACAAGACUUGAAGGAAUUUCGCCAGUGGGGAAGCAGAACUCCUGGCCACCCGGAGAACUUUGAGACACCUGGAGUUGAAGUAACAACAGGUCCUCUUGGCCAGGGCAUUGCAAAUGCUGUGGGAUUGGCCCUUGCAGAGAAGCACUUGGCAGCCCGAUACAACAAACCUGAUAAUGAGAUUGUUGACCAUUACACGUAUGUGAUUCUGGGUGACGGUUGUCAAAUGGAGGGAAUUUCAAAUGAAGUUUGCUCACUUGCUGGGCACUGGGGCCUUGGAAAGCUCAUUGCACUCUAUGAUGACAACCACAUUUCCAUUGAUGGUGACACUGAGAUUGCAUUUACUGAGAAUGUUGAUAAGCGUUUUGAAGCACUUGGAUGGCAUGUUAUUUGGGUAAAGAAUGGAAAUACUGGCUAUGAUGAUAUCCGUGCUGCCAUUAAGGAAGCCAAAGCUGUCAAAGACAAGCCCACUUUAAUUAAGGUGACCACUACCAUUGGGUAUGGUUCUCCUAACAAGGCUAACAGCUACAGUGUGCACGGCAGUGCAUUGGGUGCCAAAGAAGUGGAUGCUACAAGGAAGAAUCUUGGGUGGCCUUAUGAGCCUUUCCAUGUGCCUGAAGAUGUUAAGCGCCAUUGGAGCCGCCACAUUCCCGAUGGUGCUGCACUUGAAGCUGAGUGGAAUGCUAAGUUUGCUGAAUAUGAGAAGAAAUACAAGGAGGAAGCUGCAGAGUUGAAGUCUAUUAUUACUGGUGAAUUACCUGCUGGUUGGGAGAAAGCACUUCCUACGUACACUCCUGAGAGUCCUGCUGAUGCUACCAGAAAUCUGUCCCAGCAGAACCUGAAUGCCCUUGCAAAGGUUCUUCCUGGUCUGCUUGGUGGCAGCGCAGAUCUUGCCUCUUCUAACAUGACCUUGCUGAAAAUGUUUGGAGAUUUUCAAAAGAAUACUCCUGAAGAACGCAAUAUUAGAUUUGGUGUCCGUGAGCAUGGGAUGGGAGCAAUUUGCAAUGGCAUUGCACUUCAUAGCCCUGGGCUGAUCCCAUAUUGUGCUACUUUCUUUGUCUUCACUGACUAUAUGAGAGCUCCGAUGAGAAUUUCUGCCCUGUGCGAAGCUGGUGUUAUUUAUAUUAUGACCCAUGAUUCAAUUGGACUCGGGGAGGAUGGGCCAACCCAUCAGCCGAUAGAGCACUUGGCAAGCUUCCGGGCAAUGCCAAAUAUUUUUAUGUUCCGUCCAGCUGACGGAAAUGAAACUGCUGGUGCAUACAAAGUUGCCGUACUCAACAAGAAAACACCCUCAGUUCUUGCCCUUUCUCGGCAAAAGCUUCCCCAACUUGCAGGAACAUCUAUUGAAGGAGUUGAGAAGGGUGGCUACAUCAUUUCCGAUAACUCAUCAGGUAACAAGCCCGAUGUCAUUUUGAUCGGAACUGGUUCCGAGUUGGAAAUUGCUGCCAAAGCUGCUGAUGAUUUGAGGAGCGAGGGGAAAGCAGUGAGAGUUGUUUCUCUUGUUUGCUGGGAACUUUAUGAGCAGCAGUCAGAUGCUUACAAGGAGAGUGUUCUCCCAGCUUCAGUAUCUGCACGAGUUAGCAUUGAGGCAGGAUCAACAUUUGGAUGGCACAAAAUUCUCGGAACCAAGGGAAAAGCAAUCGGGAUUGAUCGAUUCGGAGCAAGUGCUCCAGCGGGAAAACUUUACAAGGAGUUUGGCCUCACCAAGGAAGCCGUAAUUGCUGCAGCCAAGGAACUGUUGUAAGUUGUGAUAAUUCUUCCGUUGAAGUUGUGGAUUUGACUCCUACUGGUCUAGAAGAGGAGAGAGAUAUCACGAGAACAGUCUCUUUUGCUGCAAUAAGGAAAUAUUAGGUUGUGGUGUUGUAUGAUUCCUAGUGGGAGCAAAAUUAGAUCAAAAGGAGAGAGUUAAUAAUGAAGAAUCUGUAACAACUCUUGGCUUAAUGAGUUUUAUGUUGUGCUGUGGUUAAAUUCAGUGGUCAUGCUCAA